AUGGACAUGGAUCAUCUCAUCGGUCAGCGUUUCAAUCUCAUCUCAAAAAGUGAAAUUCGCUAUGUCGGUACUCUCCACGAGAUAAAUCCCGAACAGUCCACCAUUGCCUUGGAAAAUGUCUUCUCCUUCGGUACCGAGGACCGCAAAGUCGACAAAUUCAUCCCUCCCUCGCAACAGAAAUAUGGCUUCAUUGUCUUUCGCGGAAGCGACGUCAAGGAUAUCAAGAUUGCUGAAGAUGAGCCGUCACAACCGUCGCCGCCUCAGAGCAUGCCAAAUGACCCUGCCAUCCUGAAUGCAUCGCGACCAGGUCUUCCUCCGGGAAUCCCGCGCGACGGUCCAUUUUCUCCCCCAGAUUAUCCGCACCCCCCUCCUUUUGGUGGUUACUACCCUCCCAAUCAAUUCGGCAGAGGUUAUGGUCCGCCGCCUCCAGGUGCCUUCGGCCCUGGUCCCGGAUUUCCCCCUUACGGGCCCCCGCCUCCUGGGUAUUUUGGUCCCCCUGCCGGUCCAGGCUUUCCACCAGGUCCUGGCCCUCAUCCAUUUCCACAACAUCCUCAAGCUCCAAUCGGCCCUCCUGGGCUACGUGGCAAUAUGCCACCACCACAACCUCCUCCGCAAUCACAACCUCCUCCUGAUUCCGCUGCGCCCAUUGCACCACCUCCGUCGAACCUGACAUCUGAAUUGCCGGGCAGUAACAAAGUCCCAGAAUCAGUAUCUCCUUCUCUUCCCAAAGAAGCACAGCCCCCUGCAUCUCUCUCGUCACAACUGUCCCAUGCUCAGGUCGCUGCUAAGCCUGCGCCCAUCUCUGCUCCUGCGCCGGCGGCAGCGGCGGCGGCGGCAGCGGUGGUGGCGCCUCCCAAAGGCGUUCCUACUGGGCCGAAGAGCAAUCGUGUUGUUCCUGCAGUCCCUCUCACGGUGAACCAGAAAUCCUUCACACCUCCCGUUCCCGCAGCGGCGGAUGCUUCAGCGACGAAUGGUGCUGGUGCAAAGCCUCAGAAGCCUGUACCCUCGCAAGCUGCCAUGGAUGAGGCAGCACGCCAAGCCAAGGAAGCGGUGGCCGCAGCCAUGGCGAAAUUGAACCCCCAGGCAGCUGCGGCGCAGACCAAACAGGGCCCUUCCACGGCGGCGGUAGAUGCUUUGACGAAGAAGGUGGCAGAAAUGUCUACACCAACCACAAGCAACGGGACAGCCCGUGGUGGGAGAGGAGGAUUUAGAGGUGGACGAGGUAGCAACUUCCAUCGCGGAGGUGGUCAGAAGAAGAUGGAAAUCCCCAAGUCUGAUUUUGACUUUGAAUCUGCCAAUGCGAAAUUCAACAAGGAGGACCUCAUUAAAGAGGCGAUCGCGUCAGGAUCACCUCUUGAAGAGAACCCGACACAGGAAGAAGACGACGGAGAAGCACGGAAACCGACCCCAACCAGAAAAGACAGCCUCCCCAGUGCUGGCCCUGCCUACAACAAGUCUACUUCAUUCUUUGACAAUAUUUCGUCAGAAGCAAAGGACCGAGUAGAAGGCUCUGACGGCCGCGCAUAUGCCAGACAGGUUCGCAGUGAAGAGUUCAAGAAGAAUAUCGAGACGUUUGGACAGGGGAAUGUGGAUGGAGGUUAUCGGGGGCGCGGUAGAGGAGGCGCGUAUGGCCGUGGAAGACAAUACGGCGGGUCAUAUCGAGGCGGCUAUACCAACCGUGGAUAUGGCGGCUACAAUUACCGCGGUGGUCGGGGUCGGGGUGGACAAGGACAGCCACAGGACCAGACGCAGGUUCCGCCUGGUCAAGCUGCUGCACAAAACUAA